CAAACACAUGAGACAGGCCGACACAUUGCUACGGAGUUCGGACCGAUUUGGAAUUUAUUCGAAUUCAGCCUUGCAUCGAAAUUGUUUAGCUUUUGUCAUUGUCGUCUCCCGAAGAUGAUGGUGGCGUCAUUGGGCUAUGAAGAGUUUUCUAACCAGAAACUAUUAAUCACGAGUUGCUAUGAGGAAUUUUACUCCAAAAAAUUGGGAAUAUGUGAAAACGACUUUGAUCACGAAAGACUGAAAAAACUAGCUGCCUUAAAAAUUAAAAACACAAGAUGAAAAAAGAAAUAUAUAGAUAAUAACAAUAUACAAUGCUAAAAGACAAUAAAUAAUUAAAUAAAACAUACUCGAACAAUAUUUUUGUACGAAUUCUUUUUCGAUUAAAAAAAAAAAACACGUGCAUGGUGCUUAUAGAGUAGUGAAGUGCGAACAUCGAUACUAAAAUAUCGAUAGAUUUGUGGUGAUGUGCUAAUGCCGAGAUGUCCAGUGAGGGUAACGCCGUGAAGGUGGAAGGUGGGCACGUUUCUGUCACCACUAUCAGCAUGCCCGGCCCGGAGACCAGCAAUGGCCCAUUCUCGUAUAGUUCGAGCGGAGUACGCAUCAGCGUCUCUUCGGAACCACACGACGAAGACUCGACUGAUGCGGAAAUCUCCAAAAUCGAUUUCACUCAACAUCAAUACGAGGUGAACAUGCGAAGCAAGAAACAGCGCUCGUCGAGCGGGACCCAACGCGACAGUCUCCACGAUCGAGAGCGACCCAUGUCCUGGGAGGGAGAGCUGUCCGACUCCGAGAUGGUCAUCGAUACAAGCGUCAAUAAUGACGAGAACAGCAAUUCGUUGGACCUUCAAUCGUCAAGGGAUUCCAUCGAUACGCUCCGCAACGUGACCAUUAAGGCUGAACCACUGAAGAACGAGUGCUUCCAGAGUCUCGACGACCAGCGCGUGUUGGACCUCAAGUAUACGGCACCUCUGCAGCCCCACCAGAGGAGUCUCAGUAUGAAUAGGAUAUCAGUACUGACAGACAACGCGUCUCUUUCGCUUGCACGACGUCCGUCUUCACCGACCAACAGCGCCAAGUCUCUAGCGCUGUCCGACCAGGGCACAAUGCCCGUAAUGGCGCAGACUUCCAUAGGGGAAGUCCAGAAUUUGACCAUCAAGAAGGAAAUUCUAACAGAUUUGAAAUGCGAGCCCUCAGUGGGUAUAGAUAAGCUGAUGGGCUCUCUUCACGGAUCUCCAUUGUUGGGUCGGCUGCCUCGCGUCCAGUCCAGCGCAAGUACAGACUCCGCUGUGCAUUCCAUGUAUACGCAUAGCGUAUACAGCAGUCCUUCAGCGAGUCCGAGAGCGUCUCGACAUUACACGCCGUCUCUUUCCCGCAACAACAGCGACGCAUCGCACUCUUCUUGUUACUCCUAUAGCUCCGAGUUCUCGCCCACACAAUCUCCAGUGCAGGGUCGACAUCCGCAUGUGAUGUAUCGCGAACCGGCCGGUGUUCUGUCGCCCGCACACGACGACGACACCGAGCCGACUGACGACAGACUCCAUCAUCACCAGGGUAUCAGCAGACAACAGCUGAUUAACAGCCCGUGCCCAAUCUGCGGCGACAAAAUAAGCGGCUUCCACUACGGAAUCUUCUCGUGCGAAUCCUGCAAGGGCUUCUUUAAGCGGACCGUACAGAACCGGAAGAACUACAUGUGUCUGCGCGGCGGCAACUGUCCGGUCACCGUCGCGACCAGGAAGAAGUGUCCCGCGUGCCGGUUCGACAAGUGCCUCGGCUGCGGAAUGAAGUUGGAAGCGAUACGAGAGGAUCGGACGAGGGGUGGAAGAUCGACGUAUCAGUGUUCGUAUCCGCUGUCGGGCGCGGCCUCAACGGGCUCGCUGCUGUCCGCGCACGUGUCCCCCACGCUGAGGCACGCCACCAGCCUCAACUGCGUCAACGGUCCCGGGUCAUACAGUCGAGGAGAGUCCAGCAACAGCCGAGUGACGCCCGACAUUCCACCUUUACUACAGGAAAUAAUGGACGUGGAACACUUGUGGCAGUACAAUGAAUCUGAGCUGAACCGGCUGGGUAGUUCGCCGGGGAGCCCCUCCGCGAACCCCCUACUCGCGGCGAGCGGCAUCACCGCGCAGAACUCGAACCCGGACUUUUUAGCCGACCUAUGCAACAUAGCCGACCACAGAUUAUACAAAAUCGUGAAAUGGUGCAAGAGUUUACCGCUUUUCAAGAACAUUUCGAUCGACGACCAAAUCUGCCUGCUGAUCAACAGUUGGUGCGAGCUGCUUGUGCUCUCUUGCUGCUACCGCGGUGUCAGCACCCCGGGCGAAGUGAGAGUCGGAGGCGGUAGAGGCAUCACUCUACAUCAAAGUGCCAAACUCGGUUUGACGCCGUGUAUAGAACGGAUGCUGAGCUUUACUGAUCACUUGAGGAGGCUACGCGUCGACAGAUACGAAUACGUUGCUCUUAAAGUCAUCGUUCUAUUGACUUCAGACGCGCCUGAGCUACGCGAGUCCGAAAAAGUUCGAGCCUCGCAAGAGAAAGCUUUGGCAGCCCUGCAAGCUUACAUAGCGACUCAUUCGCCCGGAACACCCGCUAAGUUUGGUGAACUCUUGCUCCGGAUUCCGGAACUGCAGAGAACAUGUCAGUUCUUCAUGCAAGUCGGUAAAGAAAUGUUAAAUCCCGCCAACAAGAAUAAAGAUGGCGACGGACAGAGCUUCAACCUCCUUAUGGAAUUACUGAGAGGUGACCAUUAAAAAAAAACAGAAUUAAAAGGCAAACGAUAACCUACUUGCAGAGAAAGUGUUCGAUUACGCCUUUAUUGAAAAAAAAAAGUGGUGCAUUAUCUGUGACGCUGUUUAAGCGGGAAAGUAAAAUAAGAUUAAGUAAUUCUUUAGACUCGAGUUUGGCUUUAGCAUUAAAAAAAAAACGAUAUUGUAAAUAUACAUAUAUAUUAUGGGGUGAAGCUCAUUAUUGAAGCUAAAAAUGUGUAUUUUUAAUUUCAGAGUAACAAUAUUGUUCGUAUCUGAAAUAAUCUAAAAUAUACUCCUUAAGAUAAUUACGCUACGAGAUUGCUCAACGUUUUAUUAAAUAAACGAUAACAAUGACAUAUUAUACCUAAGAAAUUAUACUAAAUAACUUUCGUCUUUUACCUUCAAGACAUGACAAGUACUUACUUACUCAGUUUAAAAUACAUUAAUGUAAUAAUUGCCUUAAACAAAAAGACUGCAAAUCAUAUCGCCGCGCGCGUUUUAUGUUAGUAAUGGUGCUAAUUCAUCAAUUUCGAAAUCAGACAAUAAUCGAUAGACUUUAAUAAUAUGUAAUUUAACUAAAAAAUUACAUACACAAAUUCUAGAUUUCUAUUCUCUGCUGUUUCAUUUCACUGUGUGCUAUCUGCGUCUUAUCAUAAUGCUUUUUCCAUUUCAAGAUAAACAAUAAGCUUAAACGGCUUAAACCGCAAAUUGCUUAAGUCCCUGGUCUCAACGCUCCGUUUAACAAAAACUAUCAUCCCAAUACCAGAUGUGUUUCAUUCCGAAUAUAUUUGUUUAGCGUUAAAACUAAUCCAUUUUACUUCUCAUCGUACUUUUCUAUAUACAUUAAAUAAUUUUGUGCCAAUUUUUUUUCCGUUUAAUUGCACUUAUUGCGCUAUCUGUAUCGAAAUCUCUAAAUUCAUCUUGCAAGUUGAGUAAAUGUAUUUAAGAGUUAUAGUCAAAAUUUUGUGUCUGAUUUUGAUCAAUGAAAAAGCGCCGUGACUCAACGAUGCUCAGUAAAUAAUUUCCAAACGAAUUCCUGUUUUUUACAACGAAAAAAUACUUUAACAGGAAUAUUAAAAAGCGAAAAACUAAACGAAUUAGCAAAUAUGUUUAUUGAAAUUCAAUAAAAGAUUCUUCAUACAAAAACCACACGUAGAUAUGAAACUCGUGGUAUCUUUUUGAGAAACGAAUUAUGAAAUUAAACUUUCGAAUAGCCAUUAUAGGAAUAAUAACUUAAAUAACACUGCCUUGAAGCGUUUAUGGAAAUAUAUUAUUAUAAUAUACGUGUAUAUUUUUUGUAAUGAAUAUAGCCUAGGGAACAAUUAGAUAAACACAAAGAAUAAAAUGAUACAGGUAAUUACCGAUACAACAGACACAGUCUCGAGAAAGAAUAUUAAUAAAAUAUAUUUUUUUUACGAUUCUAUUGAAAAUAAUUGGCGCCAUAUUGCCAAACUUGAACAUAGAACAGGAUAGAUUAAAUUUCACAUUUGCAUGAUAUUUACGAAUUUCAAGUGAGACACGUUUGAACGAAUGAAUUAUGUUGAUUCGUUGUGUCGUGAUAAAUAUCGGAACUAGCUUAAUACGACCCCAGCGGUGUGUAUGGUAAGAAAAAAAUUAUUAAUUAUACUCUUGCCUUCUGCAUUUAAAUUGUAAUUAAAAUAGAAGUAUUUUUGUAUAUUAUGAAUAACAGUUUUACUGAAUGACGUUCGCGAAUAAUUCAUAUGUAUUUAUUGUAAUUAUUAAACAUUAAAACUUUUAAUCAUUGCCAUUUUAUUUAGAUACUUAAUAAUUUAGUAGAAAUUGUUUAUAAUUGUGCAGCUUAGUAGGACUUAGUGUUGGGGUUAAACCCUAAAAUUAAGGUUUUAGUUGUGGAACAGUUUUUAUAAAAAACUACUAUUGGCGUGGACUUGAUUUAGUUCAGACGUCCGAUCACUCGUUUUUUUCAUAUCGUCUGUGCAAUAGCAUAAAGAUUUAUUAUUUUAUGGAUGCUUAAAAAUUGUGCUAUUUGUUUUUAUAAUGUUUUUUGACACUAAGGAAAUUUGCGCUUCAUGCUAUAUAGUCGCGUGUUAUAAAAAGCAUUUAAAAAAAAAACUGGAAGUCAAUUUCCAAAACCAGUAGUUCACUGCCGUAAGUAUUAUAAGGAUGUUGCUAUGAGCAAAAAUACAAUAUUUUUGUUGCAAUAAUUGUUAUUUUAAAACAUUUUGAGUACGAUAAAUUCUGGAGAAACGGAAUUAAUAAGGAAUGAAUAAAGUUCAGCUUGAUUUUUAUGUUCAAUAAUAUUUUGUAUUUAAGCCUUUUAAGUUUAGAAUUAUAUAAUAAUUUUUUAUUUGUUUUGAUUGAUAAAUGUGCGGAUUGGAUGCUUAUAGGUGAAUUGGGCUGACAUAUAUUCAAUCAAAAAGUUUGUAUAACGUGAAAAAUUUAUAAUAUUCCUUAUAAAUGAUAUUUGCAAAGGAAGAAAAUAAUUUUAUCUGUUCAAUGCAAUAUGAAAUUUUGAUAAAGAACUUUAUAGGCAAUAUUAGCAUUCGAUAGACGACAUUCGUCAUAUAUUAUUUUUGUAAUGCAAUUUAUGUAUGUAAUAAGUAGGUAUUUUUAUAAAAGGGCACAAGUACUUCAAUAGCAUAGAUACACAGGCUGUUACAAGAUUAUUUUCAGCCCUAAAACUGCACAUAAAAUUAAAUAGCCAAUCCUCAUUGAGAAAAAAACCAAAUCGGCUUUUGUAGCAAGGGAACUGUAAACAACACAUUAUUCAAUUUUAAUUGGUUCAAAAGUAAACAGCACUUUCCGGAAAUUUUCCAGAAUAAAAUAUAGUGUUUGAUAUUCUUGCCAAUGAAGGUUUCAUUUUCGGAUUUCAACUAAGCUUAUCACACACAGGACACUUCAUAGAUAUUACAUAAAUAUAUCCAAAAGCCUUUUUUAAAUUACCUACAGAAAGCUUAGGUAGUUACUUAAUUUUGCAGGAUAAAUAUGGUAAAAAUAUAUCGAGUGUUGUUUACUUUUACCCUGAUUUACCCUACCAAACUUUAUAUAAAACUAUGGAACGUGAAUUAACCAAUAAUGUUUUCCUAUCAUGCUAACCGUUCGAUGUAUUUUUAAAUUUUAUUUAUCAUACUUAUUAAUCAUUCAUAAUGUAGUGAAAUUUUGUCAGCUGCAAUUUAUGUUUUUCAUAGCAAAUCUCAGCAAUUUUUUUAACUGUUAUUAAAUUCCGUAUUAUAUUUGCACGGUAGUGGUAUUUUUUUUUGACUGAUGGCCUUUUUUAAAAAUCUUAAUAAGAAAGAACAGCCAUUUUUGUCUAUGCCAAGACAUACAACUUAAUUUAAUAAAAAGAAAAAUGAGUAAAUUGCUUAAAGAGUUUUAUGUAUCAGUAAAACCUGUAAGCUAAUGUUUUGUUUAGUUGUUAUUAUAUACAUAUGUAUCAGAAACCAUGUGCCACGAUAUUUGAUAUCCAUUUUAUACAAUUAUUAUAAUAAAUUCUAAUACAAUGAGAUUUUUAUGUGAUUUUUUUUUCUUAUUUUGUACAUGCAAUUUAUUAAUAUAGUAAUCAUUUUGUGAAAAUGUUGUGGCAUCUACAUGUGCGCGGAUGGUGCGAUAGAAAUAGAAUAGAAAGUUUAAAUAUAUGUUUUAUAUAAAUCUUCAAAAUAGUCUUUUCUUAUAUUUUUCAGAGACUUUUAAAAAAUGUCAAA